GUUUCACGCCUUGCAGCUGUUAAAUUUGUUUUGGAAGUAGAGUACCUGUUCGUUCUGUUUGUUUGCUAUCGUGGAAUUCGGGAAACCUGAUUCCUACAGAUUCUUUUAUUUCUAUAAAAGAGCUAAAUUAGAAGAUUCUGUGAUCAGCUAGAAUGGCAGCGAAGGAGCAUGUUCUGAACUAUGAUCCAGAAAAAAAUUAUGAUGAGGAUACAAUGGCGCAACAGAGAGAGAUUGAGAAGGAGAUUGCAGAGUCUCAGCCACUCAUCAGUGCACACUUUACCUUUGAUGGCAUCAUUGAAGAAUACACAAGAGAAGAUGCGGUUUACCGGCAUAAAAUAGAGGACUUAAAAAAGCGCUAUGCCAAUAUGAGAAAAACUAGAGGAGAUGGCAACUGCUUUUUUAGAGCAUUUGGUUUUGCAUAUCUUGAAACCCUGUUAAAAGACACAGCAGAUUAUCAAAGAUUCUUAGGGAUUGCAGAGAAGUCUAAAGAUGAACUGAUAGCCCUUGGUUUUCCUCAGUUUACACUUGAAGAUUUUUAUGAUACUUUCAUUGACAUAGUGAAGCAGGUAGAAAAUCCUGGUACAGUGGAGAAGCUUUUGGAAACUUUUAAUGAUCAGGGACUCUCAGAUUACUUUGUAGUGUACCUCAGACUUUUAGUGUCAGGUUACUUACAGAAGAAUGAGGAUGAGUACAUUCCCUUUAUUGAUGGGGAGAGAACUGUCAAGCAAUUUUGUAUGCAGGAAGUGGAGCCAAUGGGCAAAGAGAGUGACCACAUCCAUGCGGUGGCCCUGACAAAAGCCCUGCAGGUCCCCAUCUGUAUCGAGUACAUGGACCGCGAGGGAGACAAGUGUAACUCUUUUAUCUUUAACCCUUCAGAUGCAGCAGACGCCCCAACCCCCAAGCCAGCGUUAACCCUUUUGUACCGUCCUGGGCACUUUGAUAUUCUUUACCCGCAGUGAGCGCUUGUUGAACCAUUAUGUUUGUGAGAACUUGCAACAGUUUGUUUGAAGAUAUUUUUUGUUCUGGACUUUUGUUAUAAGAACUAGCAAGAAAUUAGUUUGAUGACUUACAGUGUUAUGAGAGCUAGCAAGGACCUUGUAUGAUACAGACUUUAUUUGUUGUUGUAGAUCACAAAGUUUUGUCAGGCUAGAUAUCAAUUUUUUUCAAGAAAUGUAAAGAUCUAUUGUGGCAACAAAUGUCAGAUUCUGGUCUUUAAAAACUUUCUCAUUCUUCAGAUCUGGUGUUAGGUAUAAUUUAAGGUCAUUUAUUUAUAGUUAAUUCUUUUAUUUAUUUGUACAUGCAUUUUUUAAUUAAAACAUUUUUUUUGGUUUCACAAAUAAAAUUAAUGUAACCAGAUAUAUUAUAAAUUUUAUAAGAUUUUGCGACACUAAGUGAUACACUAAAAAAUAAAAUACUUACAUUGAGAAUGCAGACAUUCAUAUUGUAGAAUUUUAUGAUUAAAAAUCCAUUUAUUUGUUUGCACACAUUAUAAUUUUCUCUGUAAUGUGUUGUCUAUUCUGGGCAAUAUAGCAUAAAAAUGUUUACUAUCAUUCGAAAUUUCAAUUAUAAUUACUGUUAAUUGACUGUUAGUCAAGAUUAUAGCGUCCAAACAGACAUGCUCAUAGUAAUUAAUAUCUGGUUUUGUACUUAAACUAUUUGGGUACUCAAGUUAAAUUAAUAUAAAAUACAACAUCAAGUUUUUUUUGGCCUUAAAAAUUGGUUUAUGUAUAUAAUAUUAAGCAAGAACAAAACUUUGCUUAAAUGUUUUUGCCUUUUGACACAUGUUUAAUAGAAAUGUUCUAGUUGGGUAAUGUAAUAAUACAUUUUAUUUCACACUGGUACAUGACAUGCAAUAUUUUGUUAGGUGUGUCAAGGUUUGUUUUUAGGAUUUUUAUUUUUAGACUUUCUACAUGUUGGGUGCCUAUUGAUUGCAUGUAUGUAUACUGUUAAUUGACGGCAGAUGCACUUUUUUCAUGUAUUGAACCUUGUGUUUAUUAAAUA